AUGAGUCAUCGUCAAUCUUCCGUAGGUCAAAGGGAUCGAUCCGGAUCACCCACCCAAAGAGUUUUCAGCGGGAAGGACAAGAAUGUUAAUCGAGAUAAUGCAAAUAAUGGCGUGGGUCAACCUCUGGUUGGAAAUAAUACAGGUGGAGAUUCAUACCAUAACGCAGAUGAUGCGGGUGAAAAUUUAGACAAUGAGACAUAUGAAUUUUCAUUUGAUUUGGCAAAUAUUACCCCAGCCCAAAAUAAAUCUGCAUCACAAAAUGAUAGUGAUAUUAGUAUGGCGAUACAGAAAGAGGUAGUCAACCGUUGGAACCUAUAA